AUGGCGAGAUUUUACCCAAAAGAUCUAGAUCUAAUAUUAGUUUGGGAAAAUCAUGCUUUUCCAUAAGAUUUAGAAGUAUACAAUAUUGAUCAAAGUGGAGAGAAGGUGAGAGCAGUUGAAUUUGAGAAAAUAAUGAAGAAUACCUUUUCUGUUCUAAGUUUGAGAAAAAUUUUCCCAGGAGUUGGACUAAAAAAUCUGGAGGUUUUAAAUUUACCAGAAUAUCGUAAUGGAAACUUUAAGUUCUCUGCUGUUGGCAAUGUAGUAUGUAUGAAUGGAUCUAAUGAAAGACAGGUUUUGAUAUUUGAUUCCUCUGAUAUCCACUAGCUGAUGAAUAAGAUAAAGAGUAACGACUUCAUCAUUAAGUAUGAAAGCCCCGAAUUUCCUUAAAUGAAAAGAAUGCUUUUCUCAGCUGAUGAAAAAGUUCUCAUCAUUUAACUCGAUUUCAAAGUAAAACAAUUGAAGUAAUUGAAAUAUUUAUAAUAGGUUUUAAUGAAUGCAGAUGUAAUAAAGAUUUCAGAUGUUUCUUAUUUCCAAUCUUUAAGAUUUAUCAAUUAAGACUCUAGUGAACUGAGAGUUAAAAUAUCAAGAGAUCUCACUAAGAUCCUGCUAACAAACUCAACUGAUAUUAUUCUAUACCAUUAGAAUAGAUAAGAAGUUCUAGGAUGGUUCAAAAAGAAGUAAGUUCAUAAAGUAUCUUGCAAUGGAGGGAACGAAUUUGUUGCUAUUAGUAGUGAAAAAUAUGCAAACGGUUUUGAUAUCUUUAAGACAAAUGAUAGCUCAUUCAAGAAAAACAUAUCUGUUAAGACGACUCCUAAGAUUUUCAAAUUCUUUGAUAUUAAGCACAAAGAAUCAAAUAUUCAUAUUCUACUGCUAAGAGACUCUGAAUUAUAUGUUAAUAUGCUUAGUGAAAUAAAUGAAUAGCAAUCCUAGUAUUAUCACUCGUAUUAUCAUUUAGAAGAGUUCAAAUGGCCUUAUGUGAGCUUGGUUGUAAAUAACUAGGAUAUUUUGAUAAUUUCUGCUUUUAAUCCACUAAAAGCAAUGAGAAUCACAUAUGAAAACUAAAAUGAAAAUAUUCUUUCUUGCAAUAUUACUUAGAGUAUGAAUUUGUUUUACUUCACAUUUAAAAAGACAACUGAGACAAAUUAGUUAUACAUGGUUGAUCUUGAUACAAUGAAAGCCUCAUAAUAACCCUUGAUGAUUGUACAUCAAAGUGAAUCUAAAAACUAAAUUCUCUAUUCGAUGCAUGUAAGGAAUUUAAACAUGAACUUUACUGCUGGUCAGAAAACUAACCUUUUCAAUAAAUACCCAAUAAUCAAGAUAUCAUUUUCAAACUACAAAAUAAAUAAAUUAUAUUAAGAAACUGACGAUCAUACUGAGAUAGUGUAAUUUGCUGUUGAUAAGCAGUAUCUUUAUGUGCUGUUUAAAUAUAAAAAAGUAUCCGAAAAAUAUCACUAUUUAAAGAUAUUUGAUGUUGUCAACCAUAACUUCUACAAAUAGCUUUACAAAGCAAGAAUUGAUAGCGAAGAAUUUAUUGGAGAGAUGACUUCAGGCUAUUUCAACAUAAUAGACUAGCUGAUGUACUUUAAAAAUAGUGUGAUUAAGAUGAAAUUUAUAAACAGCAACAAAAUAGAAUUCACUAAAUUUGAUGAUUGUAUCCAUCUAAAUCCGAGUGAAUUACUACCUUAUUAUGGAAUGGUAGCUACUUAUGUAUAUCAAAGACUCAUGUAUAUGAAAAAGGAUGACAAAAAAUUCUCAUCUAAGACAGCCAUAAUUAUACCUUUCAUUAAUAGCAAGAAGGUAAUUCUAAAUGAUAAAGAUACAAUAACCCAAUUCUGCACACUAGUUGAAGAUUUCGAAGAUCCAAAGAAUUUACAAAAAAUCUUUUAUAUGAAUCCCUAUGAACUUAGAUACUUCGUUUAUUCUCGUUAAGGAAGGCUACUCAAUCAUUACGGCUAGCCAAUAGCUGUUUCUCAUAAUGGAAGAAAAUUUUUGUUAAAAGGGAAGGACUCUUAGAUUAUUUCCUUGUUUGAAAUGACUCAGGAUGCUUUUAAAAAGAUCUAUGUUGUAGAUCUAAAUGAACUUAUUAAAAAUGAUGUGUAAAAUAUUGACUAUCUUAAGCUUUUGAACGUAUAUUCAGAAGAUUCUUUGAUAGAUAACUUUGAUUAUAAAUUCCAAAUUAAUGAUAAGGGAGAUCUGUUAAUUCUUAUGACUGAAAAUCAAAAGGAUAUCCUUAAAAACUUUUCUUUUACCAACAAUAUUUCCUCCAGCGAGAAUUUAGAUAAUGCAAUAAUAUACGAUUUUCAAAAUGAUAUUGAAGUAGAUUCCUAUGAUAUAUCUGCCUAGGCAGAAACAUUUUUUGACUAAAACGGGCAUGCCUACUUUUUAGACUAAGACUAUGUCAUUAUGAGCCAGAUAAAUGCUAAAAUAUUAUCUUAUUAGCUCAUUGAAAGCAGUUUUGAGAAAUAGUAUUUGUAUUUCGGACUUGAUAAGGGUCAUAGAGUUUGCCCUAUGACAAAGAAUUUUAUUUUGAUAAGGAAUUAUUUAGCCAUUGGUUAAAGCUAUUUGUCUUUAAUGAUGAUUUUGGAAGAAAAGGGCUAUGAACUAAAUGAUUCCAAUUUUAGUAUUGAAAUUGCAAACUACAUUUCUAAAUAGGAAUGUGAACUCCAUACUUAUGCCGCUGACUAUACUAACAUAAACUACAUACUUUAAAAAUAUGAUGAAACAGACCAGAGAUUGUUUUAAUAAUUGCUAAUUGUAAACUAAUUUGGCAAAACUCCUCUACAUAUUGCUUUAGAAAAUAAUGAUCAUAAAAGUGUGAGUAUCAUAUUAAAGUAUCUAGCUAAGGUUGAUGCCUCAAAUACUAAGAAUUUCAAAGAUAUAUUUUGCAAACUUCUAGAGUACAAAUAAUUCUAAUUGUACCUAGAUUCUUGCUUUUUCCAAACUUUACAAAUGAAGAUGAUACAUACUCUUAAUAUUCGAGCCUCAGUUAAUGAUUUCAACAUUGUCUUUGAUCAUUCAAGCUCUUAUCUCGAUAACAAAUUCUUUAACUUAGUCAUAGCAAGUUUCACAAAUAUUCUAUUCAAAAAUUAAGAAGUAGCAAACCAGCCAGUAACCUUGAAAGGAUUAGAUGUAGGUUGGAUCUUUAACGCCAAAGAGGGAAGAAAAUACUUGCUUAAUUUAAGUAAUCAUAAAGACCUUAGCUUUUUCGAAACACAAUCCACUAAAAUAAUAAUCUCUUACCUCUGGCCUCACUAUAAAUAUAAGAUAAUCUUCUUUACUUUGAUUCCUUACGUGAUUUAUCACUCUAUUUUCCUACUUUUGUUGUUUUAUAAUGAAAAAUACUUCAAAGGGGGUAAUGAGAUGUCGUUUUAAUCAGGGGAGAGUGAUGGAAUGAAAGUAAUAUGUUCAGUACUUCUUUUAUGCAUGGCUUAUUUCUUCUAUAUCAUAUUAUCGAGGCUCAGAUUCUAAAAAUUAGUUUAUAUGACUGGUAUGUGGGCUUAUCUAGAUAUAUUCUCAAUUUCACUUAACCUGACAAUUGUGGUGAUGUGCCUCUAAGAAACUUAAGUGUCCAAUAUUAGACGUAUUGAAGCAGUAGCAUCAACUUUAAUGUGGUUGAAAUUCCUUUACUUCUUUAGAAUUAUUGAUACAACCGCUCCUCUAGUUAGAAUGGUCAAGGAAAUUUUACUUGACAUGGUUAGUUUUUCAUUCAUUUACAUAUUUUCAUUGUUGGCUUUUGCAAAUGCUUUUUACGUUUUGGCUCAAAACUAAUUAUUUGAAGGCCAGAGUACUAAUGAUGUAGCCUAUUAUAGUGUAUAGGGAGCAUUAAGAUAUGUUUAUUUGACUUCAAUUGGAGAGUUUGAUCACAGUACUUACAACAGUUCAAAGGAUGAACACCUACUUUGGGUAUAUCUAAUCAUUACAACAGUAUUCUUGUUGGUUGUGUUGCUAAACAUGCUUAUUGCAAUUAUGAGUAUGACUUUUGGGAGAGUAGCCGAUUCCACCUAAUCAUCUAUUCUAAGGGAGAGAUUAUAGUUGAUUGUAGAGAAUUAAUUUUUGCCUAGAAUUACUAAUUUAUAUCGCGUCAAAUACCUCAUAUCGAUACAAAGCAUUGGUGAUUAAGAUUAGAGCGAAUAGAUGUUAUAAGAAGUUGCUUCAGAGAUCAGAAAAACUAGAUAAGAAAUUUUAAAUGAGGUAUAAUCUAUUAAUGAAAGAUUAGACAAUUUGGAAAAAUGA